AUGACUGACAUUCUAAACAUCGGAGACGAGCCGAUCUUUGAUGAUCGCAUCGUCAAGAUCGAGACUCAUACGUACAAUCCGUUUGCCAACACAACGUUCGGGCACAGCGACGAAAUACGAAUACCCAUACACCAACAGAAUCUGUACACAUUGCCGUUCGAAAGUUUUCUAUACAUCGAGGGAAAAGUGACAAUAAAGAACCCAGCCGAGGGAUUUUCGGUGGUACUGGGAAAUAAUUGUGUCGCGUUCAUGUUCGAUGAGAUUCGAUACGAACUCGACGGUGUAGAAAUUGAUCGCAACAGAAAUGUUGGAAUAACCAGCACACUGAAAAACUAUGCAAUGGUGUCGUCAGACAAAAACGUGAUUCUGAGGAACGCCGGAUGGAUUUCGGGUUGGGACGUGAAUGGAUACUUUAAUUAUUGCGUACCACUCAACAUGUUGUUGGGGUUUUGCGAGGAUUACAGACGCGUGGUGAUCAACGCUCGUCACGAGUUAAUUUUAAUACGCGCGCGUAACGAUAACAACAGUCUGAUGGGAAGUUCAGAGUUGGAACCCACGAUUGAUAUAUUCAAGAUACAAUGGCGCAUGCCUCACGUACUGGGGUGCGUUCUGAAUGAAAAUUUUUCACCCAGAUGA